AAUCCACCAUAGCCAAUGCCAUUUAUGAAUUCAGCAAUCGAAACUAGCCGUUAGGCUUUCUGUAAGGAAGAGAGCGUAUGCCACCCACAUGAAUUGUCUCUCCACCGAAUACAAACAGCAACUCUCUCUCUCUCUCUCUCUCUCUCUCUCUAGAACUCUGAGAACCCUCACGUGCCCUGUCUUAGUCGUCUCUAAAACACACAGCUCUAGGAUCUCAGUCCUCCCAAUCCCACCAACUUCUUUUUCUCUUGUUCCAUUCCCUCCCUCCCUCUCUUAUCACUCUCACUUUCUCUCUCUAGAAUCAAGCAUAAACAGUUCGCCAUUGUUGGUGCUCUGUUUCUGACCAUGGACAGCAAAGGUCAGAACUUUCCCGCAUUUUCCGACUACCCAUCUCAAAAUUGGAGCCGGAUUUCCCACAAGAAGAAGGAAAAAUGGAAGUUUCUUCCUCUCCAACCCAAAUGCCCCCACUUCCUCCUCUUUCUCCACCUCCUCCUCUCCUUCUUCCACCCGGCCAGGCCCGAAAUCUGGGACGGCGUCAUUGUCACGGCGGCGGACUACCAAUCCCUCCAAGCAAUCAAGCACGAGCUCGACGACCCAAAGGGGUUCUUAAGGAGCUGGAACGACAGCGGUUACGGAGCCUGCUCCGGCGGAUGGGCUGGAAUCAAGUGCGCUCAGGGGCAGGUGAUUGUGCUCGAGCUUCCCUGGAGGGGGUUAGGUGGCAGAAUCUCCGAGAAAAUCGGACUGCUCCAGGCGCUGAGGAAGCUGAGCCUCCAUGACAACCAGAUUGAAGGGCCAAUCCCUCAAUCUUUAGGGUACCUUCCAAGCCUCAGAGGAGUUCAAUUAUUUAACAAUAAGCUUUCGGGUUCAAUCCCAAUUUCUUUAGGGUUUAGUCCUCUGCUCCAAACCCUUGAUCUUAGCAACAAUUUGCUCAUUGAUAAAAUCCCAGGCAGCAUUUUUAACUCCACCAAACUUUAUAGGCUCAAUCUGAGCUUCAAUUCGCUAUCGGGUUCUAUCCCGGGUAGUAUCUCCCGCUCACAUUCCCUCACAUUCCUUGCUUUCCACCACAACAAUUUAUCCGGCUCAAUGCCGAGCUCUUUAGGCCAGUUGAAUGAGCUUCAAGAGCUUGAACUUGGAAAUAACCAGUUCAAUGGAGCUAUACCGAAUGAAAUAGGGCGGCUUUCGAGAGUUAGAAUGUUAGAUUUUUCCAACAAUGCCAUCAAUGGAAGCUUGCCUUCUAGCUUCUAUAAUCUCUCCUCGCUAAUCCAGCUGAAUUUAGAAGGAAACAACAUCGAAGGCGAAAUCCCGGAAAGUCUUGGAAGUUUGAAAAACCUUUCUGUUCUUAACUUGAGGAAGAACAAAUUGCAGGGUCCAAUUCCUGCAGCUCUUGGCAACAUUUCGACGCUUACCCGCCUCGAUUUGUCGCUGAAUAAUGUCAGUGGUGAAAUUCCAGCUUCUCUUGCUGGUUUAUCACAUCUUGUUUUCCUCAAUGUUUCUUACAACAACCUCUCUGGUGCUGUCCCCGCUCCUCUCUCCCAGAAGUUCAAUUCGAGCUCCUUCGUCGGGAAUGUUCAGCUGUGCGGGUACAGUGCUUCAACUCCAUGCCCUUCCAAGGCACCGUCUCAGAGUGUCCCGGCUCCAGGCCCGGAGACUGCGAAGCUCCGCCACAGACUUGGUACCAAAGACAAAAUUCUUAUAGCAGCAGGAGUUCUUUUGGUAGUGUUGUUUGUACUCUGUUGCAUUCUGCUCUGCUGCUUGAUAAGAAAAAGAGCUGCAUCGAAAGGCAAGGAUGGCACAGGCGCAGCAAGGGCUGGAGCUGCGAGGACCGAAAAGGGUGUUCCGGCCAUUGGUGGAGAAGCUGAAUCCGGAGGAGAUGCUGGAGGAAAACUGGUACAUUUUGCCGGGCCAACGGCUUUCACAGCGGAUGAUCUUUUGUGCGCAACGGCAGAGAUUAUGGGAAGCACCUUUGGGACUGUGUACAAGGCGACAUUGGAGGAUGGGAGUGAAGUUGCAGUGAAGAGAUUGAGAGAAAAGAUUACGAAAAGCCAGAGGGAAUUCGAGACGGAAGUGAAUGUGCUUGGGAAAAUCAGGCACCCGAAUCUUCUGGCUCUGAGGGCUUAUUACUUGGGACCUAAGGGAGAAAAGCUUCUGGUUUUCGAUUACAUGCCGAGAGGGAGUCUUGCAGCAUUUCUCCAUGCUCGAGGACCGGAUACUUCGAUUAAUUGGCCAACAAGAAUGGGAAUAGCAAAGGGCAUGGCAAGAGGUCUCUCCUACCUCCACGCCAAUGAGAACAUUAUCCAUGGCAACCUCACAUCCAGCAACAUCCUACUUGAUGAGCAGACGAAUGCCAAGAUCUCAGAUUACGGCCUCUCCCGCCUCAUGACGGCCGCUGCCAAUUCCAACGUGAUUGCAACCGCCGGAGCACUAGGGUACCGAGCCCCGGAGCUCUCAAAGCUCAAGAAGGCCAACACGAAAACUGAUGUUUACAGCCUUGGGGUGAUCAUAUUGGAACUCCUAACAGGGAAGUCUCCUGGAGAGCCGAUGAACGGUUUGGAUUUGCCUCAGUGGGUUGCUUCCAUUGUGAAGGAGGAGUGGACCAACGAAGUUUUCGACUUGGAACUGAUGAGGGACGCGUCUAUCAUCGGUGACGAGCUGCUAAACACACUGAAACUAGCUCUGCAUUGUGUUGAUCCUUCGCCAUCGGCAAGGCCAGAAGUUCAACAGGUUCUGCAGCAGCUAGAAGAGAUCAGACCCGAAACAGCCGCCAGUUCCGGCGACGACGGAGCUGAAGCCCCUUCAGCAAGUGAUGAGUGAAAGCGGGUUUCAGAAAAAGGGGUUCGGUAGCUAGUCCAAGAUUCUUUCAUUCUUGAAUAUUAGUUUUGGUUUUGUUACACUUCAUCAGUGUCUGUAGAUACAGUUUUUCUCUCUCGAUUAAAUUAAGAGUGUUGCGAUUUUGUUGAUCGUUCUAAUUCUAUUGGCCAAUGAAAGUUAUCUUUGGUUUCGAACUUGUCA